AUGGCGACUUUACCGGUGACCUUCCCGGUCAACAGUGAGUUCGGCUCAAGAGAGCGAGUUGCGGACCAUCUCGCGCUCCUGCAAAAGUUCAAACGCAUUUUGGAAGAUGUAGAGCGCCCUGAUAGUAGGGACGUGGCUAUCAUAUUCUAUGCCCAUCUCCUCUCACCAUUCAAUUUCCAGAGCGACAUUAAAUCGAAUUUCCCAAACCUUUGGAAAGCAGAGAUCGAAUUUCCUCUUGCAAGGAUGCGCUCAAUUAAUACAGAUAAAGCUAGUGAACGUGUAUGGAUGAAGGAGUAUCCCGAUUUGUCUUAUCAGGCUGUCGAGUUUACUCCUGCUGGCGACCACGUAUAUAUCACUACUGAGAAUAUUAUGGACAUAUACAACUAUAAGUGCGGCUCGAAGCACUGUACGAAGAAGGGAGCACCGACCGAGCCUCACACACUGCUUGAACUCUCCCGCUUUGCGUUCGGGUUCCCUGUCUUCAACCUAUGGGACAGCCCUCAACGACAGUUUGGCAACCAAGGUUUUGUGGACCGCAUUCUGGCCUUGACCCAGGUCCAAGGCCUAAUGCCAGACCAUAUCUUCCGCUAUCUUAAGUUCCUGCAGCUCAUGAAAGAGAGUAAAUCCAUCCUUGUCCCGACGCUCGACAUCGAUCUCCUCUGGCACACCCACCAGCUCUCACCAGUCGCCUACGAUAGGUACUGCAAGACGCACGUGGGGCGACAGAUCAACCACGUCGAUACCAUCCGCACGACGAAGCGCUCCACGGGGCAGGACGACACGGCGCGUCUCUGGGCGAUGCGGUACGGCGAGUCCUACUUCGACCCGGAAAAUAAGGCUAAGACUAUCGAGAUCGAACGACGCAAGGCUAUAUAUAAGCAGAAGCAGGAGGACAUGGGAGCCAAGCUAGCCGCGUACGACUACAACCACCAAUAUCUAAAGAAAGAGCUCGACAAGGCAAGCGGCCGUUUCGCAACCAAGCAAGCCAGCAUACGCGACGCGCAUACGGCGGCGAGCGUGGUCGGCGCGGCGGUAGCGGGUGUGGAGACGGCCAAACAGUCCGUCAAGCCGGCACUGCGGCUGCUCGAACUGCGUUACUACCGGAAGUCGCAAAGGGAGCAGCUGCGGGAGCUAGAAGAUAAACGCCAGUCGCUAGCGGAGGAGUAUAUACACAAGUGGCGCGAGGUGGAGACCCUCGAACAUGAGGGCCGGGAUGUGUGGCGGGAGCAGGAGCUCCGCAACAAGGAAUGGGAGGAGGCACAGAAGGAGAGGCAGCUCCUAGAGCAGCGGCUCGCGCUCGAGGUGACCUUGGCGGCAGAGGCGAUCUGGCAGUUUAAUGUCGACGGCGGGGAUAGGCACGAUGAUCAGCCCCAGCAGCAGUGCCAGGAGGACCGGUAUGACGGGUCGUGGUGCUCGAUCGUGCCGUCAGAGGUGCAGCACUGUGUGUAUCCCAUUGUGGAUACGGCGGACGAUGGGAGGAACAUGCCGACGUGGGCGGAUACCUACAACCCAACGCCUCGCUAG